UUCUCACAAUUUAGCUUGGUGUCUCUGUCUUGUUUAACUGGAUGCUCUUGUUCAAAUGACACAUUUGGCCGAAGUCUACUUUGCAUGACCUCAUCUCUAAACAGAAUACCAGCUGACGUUCCUCCAGAUAUUCGCAAAAUAAGAAUAGAAAAAUGUCACCUCACAGAACUCUCUCGGGGGAUGUUUAGUGGUGUUAGUUCUUUAGAAUACCUCUGGCUUAAUUUUAAUAACAUCACUCUAAUGCAUAUGAAAAGCUUGGAAUACCUGAAAAGUCUACAGGAACUAAGACUACAAGGAAACAAACUAAGAUCAGUUCCAUGGACUGCAUUUCAAGACACUCCUGCUUUAAGGAUAUUGGACCUGAAGCACAACAGAUUAGAUGUUCUUCCAGAACAUGCACUGAAGUUUCUGUCCAAUCUGACCUACUUAGACUUAUCCUUCAAUCAGCUUACUAUUAUCUCUAAAGAUGUCUUUUCAAACUGGCCCUUGCAUCAAAUAUCCCAUGCUAAAGAAAGAACUGAAGUAAUUACCAAUGUAGUUUUGGCCUUACAUGACAACCCUUGGAUGUGUGAUUGUCGUCUUAAUGGUUUUGUCAAUUUUGUGAAAACAGUCAGUCCACCUAUUAUAUUAAUGAAUUCAUACUUGAUAUGUGCAACUCCCGAUUAUAGAGCUGGCAAGUUUUUUCAUGAGCUGGAGUUAAAAAGUUGCAUGAAGCCAAUCACCAACUCAUUAGUGUCUAAUAUUACUGUACAGAUAGGGUUGAAUGUUACAUUGGUAUGUUUCAUAACUGCAAGUCCUACACCAUCGAUAUUAUGGACCUAUGGAUUAAAAGCAUCAAACAUUAAAGCAUACAAUAAUGUGUCUAAUAGUUUAAUAGAUGAAGAGACCAUAAAAUCUGAGUUGGUGAUCCCAAUAAUACAUCUUGCCGAUGCUGGAGUCUACAACUGUUUAGCAAAAAAUUUCUUAGGCAACUCAACGUCUUCAAUUAUUGUUCAAGUCCAGUCUCCAAGGGGAGGAGAUCCCUCAAUGUUUCCUUCCUACUCCUUUAGUCCAUCAUUGUCUUCAGAUGAGAAUGUCUACAUAGAUGUAAGAAUUGCCAAACAGACAGUUUACGGAAUAUCUUUAGAAUGGUUUGCUGCAACAGAGAAUCCAAGUGAAACAUGGUAUACAAUUUAUUUUGGCAAAUAUGAUGAAAAGGAUAAAGAUGUCAUAAAUAUUGGUCCUGGAAUCUAUACAUAUUCUGUAAAUGAUUUGCUUCCAACAACUAAAUAUGAAGUUUGUAUCACAUUAAAAAGUCAACGACCCCGGAAAGGACAGUGUAUUGUGUUCAUGACUGGUAGUGACAUUAGUGAAUUAGAACAGAGGGAAAAACUUAUACAUAUAAUUGUUAUUGUAUGUGCCAUGGUGUUAGCAGUGCCAGCUGGAAUGUAUGCUUGCACCACAGAGACCAGACUUAAUUGCAUUGAGAAAUGCUUAGGCCUUUGUCGGAGAAGGCGUAAGGUCCAGAAAAACCUAAAGAAGGAUAACACUAAAGACAGCACUUUUGACAGCUUGCAGGCCAGCAGUGAAGAGGGACUGUGCCAGAGGGAAGUCCCUGAAGAAAACCGGCGGCGGCGAUGUUCAGAGGAUAAGCUUAAUAAAGCUAAGCCGGAGAACAAGAACCCAGCAGAACUGUACUAA